AUGAUUGUUGCCAAAUUCCCUAAUCAACAGUCUGAAUGGUUCUCGGGCAGGUCAUCGGGCAGCCUUGGAGGCAGUCUAUGGGCCAGGAUUGUCAAGCUGCAGCCUGAUUUCUGGAAACUUACUCGAAUAGAGCAUAGUCAAGGGUUUUGGACUUCGUUCUGGUUUGAUACCUGGAUCGAGGGCAUCCGACUGGCUGAAGAAUUCGCGAGAGUUGUAGCUGCUGCCGAAUCCCCGAACUCCACCGUUGCGGAAUACCUUUCCUUUUCUGAGGGAAACUGUCAAUGGGAUAUUCCAUUGACUCAUUCACUUUGGGGUGGGGCUGAAAGAGAGAGGGUGAGGUUAUUUGAAACACUUAACUCUAUUCCAUAUCAAAACUUUUUUGCAGGACCUGAAAGACCAAGGUGGCUCCCGUCCCCUACAGCUGGUUUCAGCGUUCAUUCGGCAUAUGAUCACUUAGCUGCGGAAAGAUAUCUGGGAAUCUCGGAGUUUCCUUCAAAGGUGAUUUGGCUUAGCAUCAUACCGAGUAAGAUUUGCAUCUUCCUAUGGCUGGUCUUCCACAAGCGAAUCCUCACCAUUGACAACUUGAAGAAGAAAGGCUUUUACAUCCCGAAUCGGUGUGUCCUUUGCAAGAAGGAAGAAGAGUCCCCGAAUCACAUUUUCAUCACUUGCACUUUCUCAAAUCAGGUUUGGGGCAGGCUAAAAUGCUUUGUUAAAUUGGAAGGAAGUGCUGUAGUGAGUCUGGAUAUUUCAGAAAGAAUCAGACUUUGGUCGCGUUCGAAUCCGGUAAAUCCAGCUCAGUGGUGUUCAAGAGUAGUCCUACAUGCUUUCUGCUGGUGUGUUUGGCUGGAAAGAAACAAUAGGAUAUUCAAUGACCAAGAAAGCCACGUUGCUGCACUUGUAAUGAAGAUUGGAUACACUAUUUUUUGGUGGUUGAUGGCAGCAAGGAAGGUUGACAAAGAGAUUGCAGAAGCAUGGAUCAAAGAAAUGAAGAACAGGCUGUUCCCACAUAAUCCGCAGCAGCAGACUUCGAAUUCUCAUUCACAGCCUCGUGAGGAAGAAUCAUAG